AUGCGCGGGCGGCGGCGGGAUGGCCUCGGCCGUGUUUGAGGGCACCUCGCUGGUGAACAUGUACGUGCGGGGCUGCUGGGUGAACGGCAUCCGGCGGCUGAUCAUCAACCGGCGCGGCGACGAGGAAGAGUUCUUCGAGAUCCGCACCGAGUGGUCCGACCGGAACGUCCUCUACUUGCACCGCAGCUACUCCGACCUGGGCCGCCUCUUCAAGCGCCUGCUCGACUCCUUCCCCGAGGACCGGCCCGAGCUGUCACAGUCGCCGUUGCUGCAAGGACUGAUUACAAUUAAAGAGUCUCAAGACAUAGAAGCCAGGCUUAAUGAAGUCGAGAAGCUUCUCAAGAACAUCAUAAAUAUGCCUUGGAAGUACUCCAGAUCUGAAGUUGUCCUCACCUUCUUCGAAAGAUCUCCUUUAGACCAGGUGUUGAAAAAUGACAACAUCCAUAAAAUUCAGCCAACUUUUCAAAGUCCAGUUAAAAUAUCAGAAAUCAUGCGCUCUAAUGGGUUCUGUUUAGCCAAUACUGAAACAAUAGUUAUUGACCACAGUAUACCAAAUGGAAAAGACAAACACUCAGAUGUAGAUUCAGCAGAACACUUGUUUGAGAACGUUAGUGACUUUACCUCAGAACUAGAGGACAGCGAUGACCCAGCAGCUUAUGUCACCAACUUGUCAUACUACCACCUUGUUCCAUUUGAGACAGACAUUUUGGACUAAGACUGUCAAAUGAACUUCAUGGCUGAGGACUUAUUCACAACAUCCACUGCCCCCAUACCUUUGCAUUAGUCACACAUGCCAAAGCUGUGUGAUGAACAGCACAGCUAGCUAUAAAUACUUGUCUGGAAGCUUAUAGCUGCUUGGUUCUUCACUGUGGCUUCUGAAGGCACCUUGAAAAGAUCAAGGACAGCUGAGAGACCAUUCAUAUUGCCAAAGGAAUGAAGCAAGAAGAGACAUGAUGCAGCCAAGUCAGCAGUGGCCACUAUGCCGACAAACACAAGUUGAUGGCACAAAAUAUCAUGGUGCACUUUCUUUCUGAUAAUAGGGUCAGACUUGCAAAGAUGAUUCAAAUAACUUUUUUCUCAAACUUUCCCACUGUAAUAAUGUUUUAAACAUUUUCUUCAGAAGGUCACCUUUCUUUAGACACCAGCUUCUUUUUCAGUUCCUCAGAGUGACCCCUUAUAACAGGUGUCAUUGUGAUUUGUUCGCUGAGAGGUGCCAGAUUAACCAAUGCCUUAUGUCAUGUGUGCCUACAGCAAAAAUACACAUUAACAGAUUGCUUAAUUUAUUCUAGGCCUGGAGUUGUUUUAUUGACUCUUCCAAGGGCCUUUCUGUCUCACUUGAAAUACUAUUAUUGUUAUUAAUAGAGGAAACAAGCAAGUUGCUUCGGAAAACAGAGCAGAACCCCAUAAGUGUUAGAUACUUUGUCAGAAUUUCUAGAGGCUCUUUUAGAAAACAGAGGAUAUUUCCCCCCUCUCUCACAAACCAGAAAAGUGGGAAAUUCUCAGUAUUACAGUGUUUACAUAAGAGAGGUGUGGUUUAGCUGUCUAAGAGCUGGAGCUUAUUUUCACGACAAGGAUGCCAACCAAAAAUGGCUUUCCAGUAUAAAUGGGAUCUCCAUCUGUCUCCUGCCCUAAUGAAUUAGAAAUACUUUAGGAACUUGGAGCAGGCGCAUGGAGACUCGUGGCACCCUGGUGCUAACCCAGGCAGUAAGUAGUUCUGUAAAACCGUACAUUGGAAAGGAAUCAUUUACCAGUGAGAGAUUAUGUGUAGUGACAAAUCAAUGGCAGUUUCAGCUCGAGGAUAAAUCUGUCUCUGAUAUUGCAUAAAGGUGGUUUCAUGACAGUACAAAUCAAUAUUAGUUUUACAAUCAUAGGGGGCAUAGGAAGCAGGGAAGCCGUCAGUGUUCCCUAUUAUCCCACAUACAGAUCCUUCUUAUCCAGUAACAAGGUGGUCUAAGUAUCCCCAUGGGUAUGGUUGCCAGCCUCCAGGUGGUGGCUGGAGAUCUCCGGGAAUUACAAUUAAUAUCCAGGUAAGAAAGAUCACUUCCCCUGGAGAAAAUGGCUGCUUUGGGGGAUGGAUUCUGUGGCAUUAUACUCUGCUG